AGAAGGAGGGCGGAGGAGGAGAGAUCCGGUUUCUCUCUCGCGCGCGCGCGUGCUCGUGCACGAAGGUUGCUCUGCGAAGAUGCUCGUGCAGCCGCUGGCGCUCGCGCCUGCGGCCCGGUGAUAAACGAGCGCUUUUUUUUUGCGGCACCGACCGUCGCCGCUGACGGGGGACAUGGACAUGGACACGCAACAAGGUCGCGAGCGCGUCUGAAUCGCGCGUCUCGACCUCCAAGAUUUCAAGACGGGAGGCACAAUGAGCGAGCAGGUGUCAGUCACCCCUAGUUGGCUGACCCCUGACACCAGCUGGGUCAGCAGUGGUGGUGGGAGCACCGAGAACCUGACUGCCGGAACGCCUCCUCCACCUGCCGUUUUACCCCCGGAGUCUUCUGCCGAGCUGCUGGUGAACCCGUGGGAUAUUGUGCUGUGCACGUCGGGCACCCUGAUAGCCUGUGAGAACGCUUUGGUGGUCCUGGUGAUCUGGCAGAACCCGGCUCUGCGUGCUCCCAUGUUCCUGCUGAUCGGCAGCCUGGCGCUGGCUGACUUGCUAGCCGGCGUGGGUCUGGUGCUCCACUUCGCCUUCGCCUACUUGCUGCGCUCGGACUCUGCCCAGCUGCUCACGAUCGGCCUGGUGGUGGCGUCGUUCUCCGCUUCCGUCUUCAGCUUGCUGGCCAUCACCAUUGAUCGCUACCUGUCGCUGUAUUACGCACUCACGUACAACUCAGAGCGCACGGCUGCCUUCACCUACACCAUGCUGGUGCUGCUGUGGGGGGCGUCCCUGUGCCUCGGUCUGCUGCCCGUCACCGGGGUAAACUGCCUGAGUCAGGAGGACGCCUGCAGCGUGGUGCGGCCGCUCACAAAGAACAAUGUCGCUGUCCUGUCUGUGUCCUUCUUACUGCUCUUUGGGCUCAUGCUGCAGCUUUACGUGCAAAUCUGCAAGAUCGUCAUGCGGCACGCGCACCAGAUCGCCGUGCAGCACCACUUCCUGGCCGCCACGCCGCACUACGUCACCACGCGGAAAGGCGUCUCGACGCUCGCCAUCAUCCUGGGAACGUUCGCCGCCUGCUGGAUGCCUUUCACCGUCUACUCGCUGAUCGCCGACUACACCUACCCACCGCUGUACACGUAUGCCACGCUGGUUCCCGCCACCUACAACUCCAUCAUCAACCCCGUCAUCUACGCCUUCCGCAACCAAGAGAUCCAGAAGGCGCUUUGGAUGGUGUGCUGCGGCUGCAUCCCGGCCAGCGUGGCACAGCGGGCGCGGACGCCCAGCGACGUCUAACGGACGUGACUCCUUGGGUUUGCAUGUUGUUGUGAGUCAAGGGGACAUACGUGUGGCCCUUAUUUUACGUCUUCCCCUUAUUGUGAUGUAACUUCGACCACUGCCACAUGGCCUUUUCUCCGCCCCAACCCCCUUCACCCAGGUGCCACCAAACUGCCACCAAAGCCCACUUUUUCACGGCAAGCAUCUGUACAUAAAAUGUUGAUAGACUUGCUGUUGUGAACAAGGCGCGCUCCUUUGAAAGGCCUCAGCGGCAUCCCUCAGUGAGGGAGGAGGCUGAGGCGAGGGGCCUCGUUUCUGCUGCAUUCUGAACGUGUACUGAAAACCAAGCAGCCACGGGGAGCUAAAAAUAGCCACAGCGCUCACUGAUCCGCGCCUCGCGUCAUCCGCUGGAGAGAAAAGCGGCGCCCAUCUUGCUUUUCUCCCGCUUGCUAUUUUUGUGGGGGUUUUCAUUUAUUUAUUUAUUUAUUUAUUUAUUUAUUUAUUUAUUUAGCUUUAAAGACCCUGACCCAAAUGUGCCCGAAUGUACAGAACCCUCCAAAUCAGAAGACCAUGAAAAGAGCUAACACGAAUCCCCUGAAUGAAACCCAUUGAUGCCUUUAUUUCGAUUUCUUGCCACAGGAUGACUAGCAGUGGUUUCCUCCUGCCUGGAGUGCGGAGGCUGGAGUGAACCGGGAUGGAUGUGAAGUGCAUGGAUAUUUCCACAGUCGCGUAUGAAUGAAUAGGGGAUUCACUUUGAAUGAAUGUACGAAUGUGUAAUGGUGACUUUUCUUUAACCCGCCUUUGUUUUUGCCCUUCAUGCUUUACUUCCAGCUAAGCUUCGGUCUAAACGAUGACCAAUUAAAAACCUAACCGAAUCAUUAAUAUUAAUUGGUAAUCGCUGGAAGUGAUCCGAGCCCACUUUUCAAAGGGCUGAACAGAAAUAAUCUAGUCACCUAAUCACAAGUGUUCCCAGGAAAGUAAGCCGCCGAUGAGGAAGAUAAUGAGAGCAAACACAGAUGCUGCUUUAUAGACUAAAACCAAACAAAGCCCAGGUUCUAGAGAUAGCACCACUGUUCUUCUACUCUAACAUUACCGAUGGCUACAAUAUGGGAGGUUAUGUGUUUGCUGUUGUGGCCACUUUCCAAGAAAGAGCUCGGCUAAGCCUCUGUUCCUCAAAGAAAACGUGAAGGAAGGAAAGAAUUUGCACAAAUUGUAGUUUUUGUCUUUCAAUUCUGCUUUUUUUUGUUGAAAGUUUUGCACUUGAGCUAUAAAUCUUGUAUCCACAAAACCACUGAGGAAGUUUUUGCCUAAGAUUGUACACUUCCUGUUUUAGUCGACUUCGGUUAUUUAAACACUUUUUAUCUGAUUGUUAUUAGAGUGGACGAAAAGGAUUU